UCGGCUCCGGACUCUGCCAGGCGCGCUGCUGCUCACAGCCCUCUCCUCGCCCGCUCGCUUGGCCGGCCGCCGGAGCCGGCCCGGAGGCCAGCCGGUGUGUCGGGGAGGGCAGCCCCGGACCUAGAGGCUGCGUGAAGGCGCCCUCCGAGCCUCGCCCCCGGAGCUCCCUGGUCCCCCCGGCUGGGAGCCGCAGACAUGAACGAGGAUGCCUUUGACCUCCAGACCCUGCCUUCAAAGGACGCGAAAGGCUCGCAAAGGGAAGAAGCCGGCGUGGUGCAUGGGGAAGCCAAGCCGCCGGGACCCGCCGCCGACUCCCCGGGAGAAGCCCCGAGCCACGAGGCCAUGAGGGUGAACGACAAGUACUCGUCGCUGCCCGCCGCGGCCGACAAGGGCGUGCACAUCAUCAACAUCCGCGCCAUCGACGACCUGGGCUACCUGCAGUCCGAGGGCACGCUGCUGAAUUCACUGGGCGUGGACCCCGAUGCCAAAUGUAAGUAUGGCCUCUACUUUCAAGAUGGCCGGAGGAAAGUGGAUUACGUCCUGGUCUAUCACUACAAGAAGACGGGCAAUCACAAUAUCCUGGCUCGAGUCCUCCAUGUGGAUCCCUCCCAGGGGGGAUCCCAGAGCCUCAAGCAGGAGCCUUUGCCCGGCAAGGAGGGCUCCAUGGACACGACAGAGUUCGACCAUCACGAGGCUGACAAGCGGGCUCGCCGGGAAGAGUAUGAGAGCAACCUCCGGGAGGCUGGACUCGAGCUGGAGAAAGAUGAGGAUACUAAACUGCACGGAAUCGGGUUUGUGAAAAUCCACGCACCCUGGAACGUUCUGUGUCGAGAGGCUGAAUUUUUGAAACUCAAAAUGCCCACCAAGAAGGUGUAUCAGAUCUACCAGAGCCGGGGCCUGCUCACCAAGCUGAACUCCGUGGUCCAGAAGAUAACGGAGCCCAUCCAGCCUCGGGUGGCCAACUACAGGACCCAGAACGUGAAGAGGCUUUCUUUCGGCUUCUCCCGGGAAAAGAAGCACCUGUUUGACCUGACGGACAAGGACUCCUUUUUCGACAGCAAGACCCGGAGCAUCAUAGUCUAUGAAAUUCUGAAGAGAACGACUUGCUCCAAGGCCAACACGGGGCAAGGAGAGGCAAGAAGGAAGGAUUCUGCCCUUUUAAGUAAAAGGAGAAAAUGUGGUCAAUACGGCAUCACCAGCCUCCUGGCCAACGGGAUCUACACGGCGGCCUACCCCCUGCACGACGGCGACUAUAAAGGAGAAGACGUUGAGAUGAAUGACAGAAAAAUUCUGUGUGAGGAGUGGGCCACCUAUGGAGCCUUCUACAAGUACCAGCCCAUUGACCUGAUCAGGAAGUACUUUGGAGAGAAGGUGGGCCUGUACUUUGCCUGGCUGGGCGUCUACACUGAGAUGCUUAUUCCAGCUUCGAUCGUCGGGAUCAUCGUCUUCCUCUACGGGUGUCUCACUGUUGACGAUAACAUACCCAGCAUGGAGAUGUGCGACCACCGGAACAACAUCACCAUGUGCCCCCUGUGCGACCGGACCUGCAGCUACUGGAAGCUGAGCUCCGCCUGCGCCACGGCCCGCGCCAGCCACUUCUUCGACAACCCGGCCACCGUCUUCUUCUCCAUCUUCAUGGCGCUGUGGGCGGCCACAUUUAUGGAGCACUGGAAGAGAAAACAGAUGCGGCUCAACUAUAUAUGGGACCUGACGGGGUUCGAGGAGGAAGAGGAGACCGUCAAGGCUCACCCGCGGGCGGAGUACGAAGCCAAGGUCUUUAAGAAAUCCCUUCGGAAAGAAUCCCACCAGCCCCGGGAGGUCUAUAAGGAGAAGCUGACGUGGAAGGACCGAUUCCCGGCCUACAUGACCAACUUCAUCAGCAUCAUCUUCAUGAUCGGGCUGACGUUCGCCAUCGUCUUCGGAGUGAUCAUCUACAGGAUCUCGACCGCGGCCGCGCUGGCCAUCAACUCGUCCCCCGCCGGCCGGGCCAACGUGCGCGUGACCGUCACGGCCACGGCCGUCAUCAUCAACCUGGUCGUCAUCAUCAUCCUGGACGAGGUCUACGGCUCCAUCGCGCGCUGGCUGACCCAGAUCGAGGUGCCCAAGACGGACAAGACCUUCGAGGAGCGGCUCAUCUUCAAGGCCUUCCUGCUGAAGUUUGUCAACGCGUACAGCCCCAUCUUUUACGUGGCUUUCUUCAAAGGCCGGUUUGCUGGACGCCCAGGCGACUACCUCUACAUCUUCCGCUCCUUCCGCAUGGAAGAGUGCGCUCCCGGGGGCUGCCUGAUGGAGCUCUGCAUCCAGCUCAGCAUCAUCAUGCUGGGCAAGCAGCUGAUCCAGAACAACCUGUUCGAGAUCGGCAUCCCGAAAAUGAAGAAGUUCUUCCGCUAUUUAAAACAGCGGCCCUCCGACCACGAGGAGUCCACCAAGAAGCGCAAGCGCUAUGAGGUGGAUUACAACCUGGAGCCCUUCUCGGGCCUGACCCCGGAGUACAUGGAAAUGAUAAUCCAGUUCGGGUUCGUGACGCUGUUCGUGGCCUCCUUCCCGCUGGCGCCCCUCUUCGCGCUGCUCAACAACAUCAUCGAGAUCCGCCUGGACGCCAAGAAGUUUGUGACCGAGCUGCGCAGGCCCGUGGCCGUCAGGGCGAAGGACAUAGGCAACUGGUACAAUAUUCUACGAUGUUUGGCAAAACUGGCCGUCAUCAUCAACGCGUUCGUCAUCUCCUUCACCUCAGACUUCAUCCCCCGCCUCGUGUAUCGCUACAUGUACAGUGACGAUGGCUCCAUGCACGGCUUCGUGAACCACACGCUCUCCUAUUUCAACGUCACCGACUUCCAAGCGGGGACGGCCCCCAAUGAUCCCAUGGAUCUGGGCUAUGAGGUGCAGAUAUGCAGGUAUAAAGAUUACCGAGAGCCUCCUUGGUCUGAAAACAAAUAUGAGUUAUCCAAGGACUUCUGGACCGUGCUGGCUGUCCGACUGGCCUUUGUGAUAGUCUUCCAGAACCUGGUCAUGUUCAUGAGUGACUUUGUAGACUGGAUCAUCCCCGACAUUCCCAAGGAUAUCAGCCAGCAGAUUCACAAGGAGAAAGUCCUCCUGGUGGAUCUCUUCAUGAAGGAGGAGCAGGGCAAGCAGCACAUGAUGGAUAUCUGGAAGGAUGUCCUCCCGAGUGACGGCCACAGCAACCACAGCCCCACAUCCUCCAGGACCCAGAGAAGUAGCACGACGUCCAAAGGUUCCUACAACGUGGCGGUUUAGCAGGAGGGAGGCCCAGAUUUCCAGAACCCUCACUUCCAGUGAGAGUCACUCUGCCUGCAAUGCAGUCUGCUCCAUGGACAGCCUGCGGCAGGGCCCAGAGUGAGCCAAAGCCUGGGGAAACCCUCUUCUUGCAGAAAUGGAGGACCAUGUCCAAUGGGACACUUUUUACUUUUCCUUUUUAUUUUUUUGCACAAACUGUAAUGCAGGGACUGACUCUCUCUCUCUCUCUCUUUCUCUCUC